CCUCUCUGCUUUCUCUGUCUGUACCGAUUUCUUGAUAGAUUCUAGUUACAACUUCGCCUCUGCAGCUCGGGAUUGGACAAGAGGUUUAGAAAACAUUUAGAUGCUCAAGUCGUGGCAAAGGAGUUAGAAAACCAGCUGAAGUCACGUUAAUAUGAGUCGGCGUUCUCGGGCCUCCAGGAUGCAGCAGCACAUCCACUGUGAUUCCUGCUACAGCCGCCGCUGCAGGGCUCGGGUGGAGGCCUCUGUGUGCUGCGCGGUCACCCCCUGCCGUCUGCACUGUGGCGCCCUCUUCCACCUGUGCAAAGAAGAGGAUCACCUGCUGCUCUGCCCUAAUGUGAGGGUGCCCUGCAUCAAUGCUGCAUACGGAUGCCCUGUUCAGCUGCCUCGCUCCUCACGGGCAUCCCACCUCCAGGUGUGCCCAGCCAGCGUGGUGUGCUGCACCAUGGAGUGGCUCCGCUGGCCGACCGAUGACACAAACCCACACAGCCACAAAGCCCUGCAGGACAACUUGGUGAAGGAAAGUGAGGGACAGGAGGAGGCUCUGGACCUUGCCAUGGCCAUAAUCGAUCAAAAAGACCUUUACAGCCGCCUAAAAAUGAAGCCGCUCUAUCCAGAGCUGACAGAGGAGGAAGAGGAGGAAAUAAAUGAUGAGAUGAAAGAGGAAACAGCAGUUGGUGGAGUAGUCAAUGGUGUCGUAAUCGAAGAUACCAGUGAAGGUCUUCCUAAAAACACCUCCUGUGAGCAUAGUGGUGCUGAACAGACUGUACUAAACAGUGCUGCGCAAGGUUUAGGCAUCAACAAAGAUAAAUAUGACCUGUUCGAGAUGAUGUUCAGCAUGGACAGAGGCGGCUGUGAGGCCGCUCAGGAAAAUCUGAACAACCCCAAACAAAACCCAAACGUUGGUGACAAGGGGAAAACUCAGAGUGGCAGAAAUCCAAAAGGGACUGAGAGGCAGGACCACACAGACGCAGAGAAAGACAGCUCUGCAGCCAAAAACUGUCCCCCAGCAGACACCAGUAAGACCGGGAUGGCCCCGUGGCAGGAGGGGGUGCUGGACCGUUUGGGGCAGGAACUCACACCACAGGAGUACAACAUGUACAUGGUGCAUCAUGGUCGCAUGCUGCUAGCCUUUGGACAAAUCGAGGCCUGUACGCCGAGGGAGAAAGACUUUGUGUACGGCAGCUUGGAGCCUAUUCCAGUCCAGACACUGCGCUCAUUCAAGGUCCCUGACAGCUAUCACUACAGGCGACGUGUUCAUCUAUAUGACAUGGCCACACGGGUUCAGAGCGAACCUCGCGGUGUGGACACAUCAGACCUCGGAGUCAAAGAAGAUGAGUGGUUCACUGAUGAAGCAGCAGCCACCCUGCUGGGCUAUGCAGAGGAAGAGGUCAUGGGUCACAAGAUCAGCGAGUCAAAAGCAUACGACGGGCUCUACGUUGACGUGGGAACGCAGACAUAUUCAUUUCGCUCAGCUCCUUUUAAAGGAAAGACCACCCUGGCUGAGGUGAUGGUGGACAGACCGCUGAAGCUUCACCUGCAGCUGCAAGCGGAGAGUGUGAACAGCAGACACAACAGAGCCAGCUGUGUCUUCACCUUCCUCUGCGGUCACACCUUCCACCGGCGAGAGUUCGCCACACAUGUCAGGAAUGUGCACUGUGAAAUCCACACAUGUCUGAGCGGUUGGUUCGAGCAGAGAUGUCCACUCGCGUAUCUGGGGUGCACCUACAGUCAGAGGAGGUUUCAUCCCUCCACACAUAAAGCUGCCGUCACCUACAAUAAGGAGCUGAGGAGUUUUAACUUGCGUCCAACAUUCGAAGGAUUAGUAGGUGACAAUUCACCCACGAGCUCAGAAGGAAGAGGGGACUCUUUGAGCUCUCUUCCCUACGAGGUGCUGUGCCACAUGGCCAGUUUCCUGGACAGCCUGUCCCUCUUCCAGCUGGCUCUGGUGUCCCACCUCAUGAGGCAGGUGUGCUCCACUCUGCUGAAGGAGAGAGGGAUGGUCACCCUCCGCUGGGAGAAGAAAACCUACUCACACGGGAGAACCAAGUGGAGAGCCAAGCCUGUGUGGGAGUUCAGUCAUCUCUUCUCCUCAGUGGAUUCGUGGCAUAUGGCUGACAUCCCUCCUAUAUCUGCUCACUUGAAAGUCUGUCCCUACUACGAGGUCUCCCUGCACAGUAAGCCGGUUUCCCUACCCAGCAUGGACGAGAAACAGAGGUGCAGCCAGAAGAGUUCAAGCCUUGUCAACCAUUUCACAGGAAACAGAUGACAACAAUUCCCCUGCUGCACCUGCCCCAAAAUAAUGUAUUUAUGGCCAGGUUAUUCUGCACAGAUAUCAAGGGUAUCUUCUAUAACCAUUAUGCUGCAAAACUCUACAGAAAAAAUUUACCUAAACUUAACAGAUGCUUUUGGCUUACUGGAAAAGAAUGUGUUCUAAGUAUUAUCAUUAAUCAAACUUUUAGCUGAUGAUAGCAGAAUAAUUUAUAAAUAUACUAUACGUGUAUUAGAAGUGUUGAUCAAUCAUAUUUUAGUCAUUUUAAGCAAAACAGCUGAACUCGUUCAAAGCUUUUAUGUUUUUAUUCAUCAGAAAAGAUAUUAAAAUGAACACCUUUGUGGUUUUUUAAAGAUUAUAUGCAGAACCGUAGGACCUAAAGAUGGAUAAACAUGAUGAGGUAUACCAUUGAGAUAUAAGAAAGAGUUGUUGAAGCUUGGUUAAGAGGAGAGACUGAGCAGCCUUGCGGUUCAUCUUGGUCUGUGACAAUGACAACGCACAUUAUAAAUGCUUUCUUUGCACAACUUCUUUAAAUGUGUGACUGAUUGUGUACUUGAAUUUUAUUUCAGUUUUCAUAUAUGUAAUAUUCAUAUAACUGCUACCCCCUUUUAAUUUCAGAGGCAAACACUAACUUAGCUGGAGCAACAAUUCCUGGUUACUUCUCUUUGUCAGAGAAAACAUAUCCUGCCAAAGCAAAUGCUGUUUUUGUAUUUUAGAUCAUUUUGGCAGAUUCAGAGAACCACAAAAGGAAAGUAUUCUAAAUCUGCACGAAUGAGAAACUUUCCAGUAAUUUUAAACACAAUAUAUAUUUUUCCAUCUUUUUUUGGCCCAAGCUUUUAAAAGAGAUUAUUAUUUUCAUUCAAUUCGGGAAGUUAUCCACAUCAAAGGAACAGAUCAGAAAAUAGGGACUUUUUUUGGUUCUUUAGUUUCUUUCUUUACCAACACUCCACAAAACAUAUUACAAAUUUUAAUUUUAAUUUCCUUGUCAUUGAAAAAAUAAGGUCUUAAGAAAAACAAAAGUAAACUAGUCCAUUCAGUAUCUUGUAGAAGCUCCAUACCAGCAAUAAUUUGAAGUAAUCUUUUCCUGUAUGACUUGAUCCGUCUCUCACUUCAUUUUUGGAGGAAUUUUGACAUCUGCUUUUACAGAGGUCCUCCCACCUGCUGAUGAUCAGUUAAUCAGUUGCAUUUGAUUAGCACCUUUUAGUGUCUACCUGGCACUUACCCUCUUAGGUAAGGGUGCUAGUUAGUCCUUCACACAGUGUUUCUGUAUUUUGGUUUACUUUUUAUUAAAUAAAUAAUGACACGAUGUGUGAUACGCCAUGUUUUGCUGUUCAUAUGAUGUUGUAUUUACCUAAUGUAUCUAAUUUUAAGGUAAAUGCUAAGAACCAUGUUUAUUUUCUAAUAAAGAAUAA